UGAUACUGCGGUCACGUGACCCGGGCCCCGCGGGAGCCAAGGUGCGCGUUCCAGCUCCCGGAAACAGAGAGGUCUCCGUACCCAGCGCCCAGUCCCUAUACCCAUUGACUAUGCUGUCCCGACUGCUGAAGGAGCACCAGGCCAAGCAGAAUGAACGCAAGGAGCUGCAGGAGAAGAGAAGGCGAGAGGCUAUCACUGCAGCGACCUGCCUGACAGAAGCUUUGGUGGAUCACCUCAAUGUGGGUGUGGCCCAGGCCUAUAUGAACCAGAGGAAGCUAGACCAUGAGGUGAAGACUCUCCAGGUCCAGGCCGCCCAGUUUGCCAAGCAGACCGGCCAGUGGAUCGGGAUGGUGGAGAACUUCAACCAGGCACUCAAGGAAAUCGGGGAUGUGGAGAACUGGGCUCGGAGCAUUGAGCUGGACAUGCGCACGAUUGCCACCGCACUGGAAUACAUCUACAAAGGACAGCUGCAGUCUGCUCCAUCCUAGCCUCACUCCCCUUCCCCUCUAUCCCACCCCUCCUACCUCCCCCGUGGAGGCUGGAGGGAGGCUGACAGGACCAUGAAUAAAACACAAGCUUCUAUUUCUA